AUGUGCAAUGUGUGCAGCAAGACCUUCUGCAAUAACUCCAGCUUCCAGGUCCAUAUGCGGAGCCACACAGGAGAACGGCCUUUUAAAUGUACGGACUGUGACAAAAGCUUCAUCCGCAGCUCUCACUUGAAGAUUCACCUGCGUACCCACACCGGAGAGCGCCCCCUACAAGUGCGCUUUGCACGCCACCAGCGCAUUCAUACAGGAGAGAAACCUUACCAGUGCUCCAUCUGUGGGAAAUACUUCCGCAAAAAGUCCAACCUGAAGGACCACCUCAGGACGCAUACUGGGGAACGCCCCUACAAGUGUCAGCACUGCGAUAAGAGUUUCCACCAAAAAUCCAACCUACGUGUCCACCAGAGGAACCAUCAUGCUGACAGUUGCUGA